UCAAACAGGAUUCAGUGGCCAAAGCAAGUAGAUAAUGCGAUCUGCUGACCAUUCCUUUGAGGUGUCAGGUUUCAGUGCGUCAGCACACGUGUGCUAUUAUCUCGGUCAAGAAAAUUGUUGGGCGUAAUGUUUACAACUUGUAAUAAUGGCUUCUUAAUCAGUUUGUUAAGUGUAUUUAUUCGAAGAAUUUUAUCAAACGAUCUUUAUUAUUUAUAAUUAUAACAAGGUAUAGUAAUUGAUUGAGACAAUUUUAUUAUCAUAAAGUGCUUAAUUCUGGUAAUAUAUUAUUUCAGAUGCCACCCGUUGUUUUAAAACGGCGACAUAGCCUAAAAGGGAAAAAUAUCAUUCCCAUCGUAAGGAAAAUGAAAACAACAGGAAGGGUAACAUCAUUUGCAAGAAUGAAAAGUAAUAUAUGCAUGGAAGAUAUGCCCCGCGGGGAACUAAUCUCGGCAUUUAGGGAACUCACAGGGGAGGACGAGAAAGAAAUUUUGGAGAUGGCACAGAAGGAGGCGACAGAGGCUAAUCUUAGACACUUAUUGCAUUAUGCAAUUAUUCAGGCUAAUGAGGUCGGCCAGCCGGCCGCCCAGACCUUGCAACGUUUGGAAACGGAAGAUACUGUCAACGAAGACCGUGAGGAUGAGGUGCCUCAGACUAAGAAAGCAAAAGUCUCACCGACAGCAAGUGCAACUACCACCCAGACAACCUAGAAAGAAGUUGAUGCGAUAAAAGAAAAGGUGAGGCUUUUGGCAAACCAAAACGAUCCAAGCGAAGCACUCAUCCUGUUAGCACUGGAUGAAUUGGCCAAAACGUCCAGAUCGGCUAAGAUUGACGAUGCUGAUAUAUAUGAAGAACUGUACAGACAGGCCUCGAGAAAUCAGGGGAAAAUCAAUCUAGUUACUUUAGUUUUAAGCGUGAUGGGGGGUAAAGCAUCAGAUGUAGUGGGGAAAGCGUUGAUAAAAUCAAAAAAAGAACAAGAGGAGACUAAGGAAUCAGAUAAAGCGAAGAAAUCGUCUUCCUCUCCUCUUCACAAUUUGUACUCUUCAUUCCCACCCAUGCCAUUAAUGAUGCCCUACCAACCCCAGGGAUAUAAUUAUGGAUACAUGUUUAAUCCUAGUUAUCAGGGUUAUAGGCCAAGGCACAGGGGGCGACUCAACCAGAGUGUGUCAAAACCGAUAGGACCAUGCCUUUAUUGCGAGUCUAUGGGCCAUCUCAUCAAGGAUUGCAUAAAGUUUAAGGCGAUGAAGCAAAACAAGUAGUUUAAAUGCACCAAUUGUGAAAUAUUUCUCCAGACUGAACAAUUACUUUAUUUUAUACUUUGUUAGUGAUAAAUGCAAUAUCACAUGUAGAAGAGUUGUCUGGUUUUUAAAGAACAUUUGUGUACUGUCAUAUUUUAUUAGAUAAUUAGUGCAAUGGUUUCAUUUUAAUAAAAGACAUCAAUAGUAAGCUUA